AUGGAAAGACCAAGCGUCACCGCCCCCAAGCCCCCGGAUCAUGUUAUCGGGCCCAGCCGACAGAGGGCAACUGUUGCCUGUAUCGUGUGCAAGAAUCGCAAGAUCAGGUGUUCAGGGGUUGCACCAUGUGAAACUUGUGUUUCCCUCAAUACAAGAUGUGUGAUUGAUGAAACCCUGGACGGACGCAGAAAGGUAGCCUUAAGCCGGCGCCUGGAGGAAUUAAUCCAUCACAAAAGCAUUCUUGAUGGACUGCGGACAUGUCUGCAAUUCUCCCGAGGGCCGGCGCUGAUCGACGUCUUGGAGAAGGUGUCUUUGGAUGUGCCUUUACCUUCUCUGGCUGCUUCUAUCUUGACGAGCUUAACACACACCCCUGUCCCUGAAGAGGUGGAGAGACAUGUUUGGCAGCUCAAACAGCAACUCGAGCAGUAUAUGGAAGAUGGCCGGGAAGACAGGGCGACCUCGUGUGACUCCAAGUCGGACAAGUCUGGAGCAGGAGCAGCUCCCGCUGCAGGCAAUCAGCGGCCAUACGUCGAUGGUAACAGUCCACCACGAAGAAGAAAAGUUCAGUCACCACGUGAAUGGGAGUCGCCGCGAGAGGCAAUGGUUGAGGGCUCACAGUAUUGGCCGUUGCAACACGAGGGUAUUUCUCAUUCCUAUGAGAGACAGACUCCAUUCCAGUGGUUCUCUGCGGACGCGGGUACUGCGUCCGACGGCUUUGAGUCUGGUAUCGGACUGGACAAAGUCCUGCAAUGGCUGUAUAGCCAAGUCAGAGACAAGAUGCCCGUGACAAAUUUCGUCGGCGCUCAUCCACCUUCAGCUUUGCGGUUGCGGCAGGUAGAGGAGUCGCAGCCUAGCACCAGUACCAGUACCAGUACCAGUUUUACGACCCUUGUGAGGCGCGAAUCUCAUGUCCCAAACAGGGACUUGGACAGCCCGACAUCUCAGGAUAGGAAGAGGCCGUUAUCAGCAGUGUCCACACCAGCAUCACAAGCAUUUCCACCUCCCACUUUCUUCGGUGCAUCCGACCAUGUCAUUCCAGACACAAAAACGUCCCGAGCCGUAUCAUCGACGUCGACGUCAACGCCGACGCCGACACCGAAUCGACCGAGUAGUCAUGCAACAUAUUCACAAACAUACGAAUCUUUCCUGAGUCAACAUCGCGUCUCGGACUCGUCGAAUCGCCACAUGGCACGACACAUCUCAUUGCCGCAGAUUGAGCUGGACGACGAGCCCAUGGCCUGCGCGAUCGUCAGCUACCUCGACCUGGCGCGGUCGAUGCUGUCCGAGGGCGCUUCCGUACAUGAAGUGUUUGGCCCUCGUCGACCGAUGGUGGACCUCUUGUUUCGAUCGCGAAGAGAGACGGAUCCUCACUCCGUCUGCUACUUUGCAUGCGAACUCACUUCUGGCCUGGAAGGAAUGGAGCCUGCUGCAAGGUUGGGGUUGACUUUUAUGUUUAUUUCGCUGAUUCGAUGGAUGAUUUUAUGUUCCUCCGCCAACUACGACGACAUUCCCGAACUGUACCGACCUACCCCGAUGCAAAUGAGCAUUCCACACAGUGCUGCGGUCGAGUUCUGUCCUUUUCCUCAUAUGCGUGACGCGCUUUGUCGACAAUAUCGCGACUUCCUACCCGUGCUGGCCGGCAAUAUUAGUUGUAACUGGCCGUACAAGUUCGACAUGUGCGUGGAGCGCCUGGAUGGCACCGGACAUGUUGUUCUUACUGAUGCUUUUGUCCGUCAUGUCUUGGUCCCGGAGAACUGGACGGUUAAAAGCGCCAUCUUUGACACGUUUCCAGAAUGCCGAGGAUUGAUCAAGACGUCGGCACCGGCAUCGGCAUGA